AGUUAUGGUUCGGGCUUACGAAAGUUCCACGUCUUCUGUGACAUCUUCUCCGUCCCAGAAACAAACCGUCUGCCAGCAUCUUUCGAGUUAUUACACUCGUUCGCCCUCUGGGCCGUAUCCGACCCGUCCAUAGCCGACUCAUUCCUGAAAAAGUAUCUAUCCGCAGUUCGAGCGUGGCAUCUAGCACAAGGGUGGCAGCCCCCGCUAACGCCAGACCAUUUCACGCGCAUAAAUUGGUCGCUACGAGGGAUGGAAAACCUGCAAGGCACACGUCGAAAACCAGUCAGGCCCCCAAUUACCCUCCGCAUGCUAGUAGCUAUCAAAGCUACUUUGCGGAUAGACCAACCUUUCGACGCGUGCAUCUGGGCAAUGUCGAGCUGCGCAUUCUUUGGAAUGAUGCGAUUCGGCGAGGUCGCCGUCAAAUCACGCACCAGUUUCGACAAAUCGAAACAUAUCACGCGAAAAGAUGUUCACUUUGGCGUCGACCUAGCCGGUAAACCAUAUGCCAGACUCGACCUACCGCGAGCCAAGACAGCGAAAUCAGGCGAAACGCAAUCAGUAUUCAUAGUGGAGCAGGGAGAUAUCUGCCCGAUCCAGGCACUACGAAACUUAGCGAGCGUAGUCCCAGCACUACCAGACGACCCGCUAUUUUCAUGGAGGGAUGACAAAGGAUGUGUUCGACCUAUGGUCAAAACGCGCGCAAUCGAAACAGUGAACAGUAUCCUUUCCGCGUGGAACUGGGGGACAACGUUUGGUCACUCAUUCAGAAUCGGCGGGGCAUCAUUCUACUUGGCGAACAAAGUAGACCCAGAGAUAGUUCGAAUAGCCGGUAGGUGGAAGUCGUUGGCAUAUGAGACUUACAUCAGGGCCUUCGAACAAAUA